AUAAAUAGUGAACUAAUUAAUUAAUACUCACAUUUUAGGACUAGAGUUGAAAAAUACGGAGUAUAUAUAUGCUUAUUUAACCUAUACUCGUGAAACAAUUUUUAUUUAAAUACCCCAAGAUUCUAUCGCCAUACCUUCAGAAAAAAAAGAAAUACAUCCCGGAGGAGUAUUAUACAGUACACAGCAGCAGCAGCUCUCCAGCUGAGAGGCGCUCGCGCCUCCCCUUACUACAUGGAUAGAGACUCGAUUGAUUGUAGGUGAACAGUGUAACUACAGAUCCAUUAGAUCGGGACAUGGAGCAGUUUGCCGAGGUUGAUCCGACAGGCCGUUACGGGCGGUAUAGUGAACUAUUAGGGUGUGGAGCUGUCAAGAAAGUUUAUAGAGCAUUCGAUCAUGAAGAGGGGAUUGAAGUUGCUUGGAACCAAGUAAAGCUUCGAAAUUUCGCAGAUGAUCAACAAGCUCUUGACCGCUUGUAUUCUGAGGUUCGUCUUUUGAAGACUCUGAAGCACAAAAGCAUAAUUGCAUUGUAUUCUGUUUGGACUGACCAGGAACGGAGCACUUUGAAUUUCAUCACUGAAGUCUGCACUUCUGGAAAUUUGAGGGAUUACAGAAGGAAACACAAACAUGUUUCUAUCAAAGCUCUUAAGAAGUGGUCUAAACAGAUUCUUAAGGGGUUGGAGUAUUUGCACACUCAUGAGCCGUGCAUCAUUCAUAGAGAUCUUAAUUGUAGUAACAUUUUCAUCAAUGGCAAUGUUGGUCAGGUUAAAAUUGGUGAUCUUGGUUUUGCAACUAUUGUUGGAAAGAGUCACUCGGCACAUUCCGUUCUCGGGACCCCAGAGUUUAUGGCACCGGAAUUGUAUGACGAGAAUUACACGGAGCUAGUCGAUAUAUAUUCGUUCGGGAUGUGCGUUCUUGAAAUGGUAACUCUAGAGUUACCCUAUAGUGAAUGUGAUAAUGUGGUGAAGAUAUACAAGAAAGUCACUUCCGGAAUAAGGCCUCGAGCUAUGGACAAAAUAAAAAGUCCCGAAGUUAAGGCUUUCAUUGAGAAGUGUCUUUCUAAAUCAAGUGUGAGACCUUGUGCUUCUGAUCUUCUCAAGGAUCCUUUCUUCAAUGGCAUUACUGACAACUACGAUGAUGACGAUAAUAAUAACAAUGAGAGUGGUAUUCACAGCUGAUUCUCAUCUUAAUUGUGUAAAUAGUUUAUGCUUUUCUUUUUCUCUGCGAAGAUUUUGGGUGGAGUGUUUUUAUUAAGUGUUACAUAUCUGGCCAUGUAAAGAUUUGAAGUUCUUGAUAUCUGUAUAAAGAAUAAAGACUCAAAAAGUUGAUCAAAAGUUGUCAUGGACUCAUGGAUGGAGUGUAUCGUGGAUGUGUUUAAAAUUUGGAAAUCUGUAUGAUCUUUUAGUUUUAUUCCUAAAUAUAGGCCGGUGUUCUACUAACCAAAAAUGGAAAUUUCUUCCAAUGAUGAAGGAAGAUUUAUGUUGGAAACAUACAAUUAUCGUCUAUUCAAAGUUUCAAUGACAGUGAAGUUUAUAUCCGGC